AUGACCAAGGACGAGUUAUUGCAUACUCGACCGCCCGUGGUUGAGCCGUUCUCGGUCGGGCUUCGGGAAGAUGACGAAUUUAAUGAUGGGCGCCCGAUCCCGGAACGAUCGUCAACAGAACCUGGAAACGCGGUCCAAAAAUCGCCAGCUACUGAUGGAGGAAUGGUAGCUUGGCUCCAAGUUUCGUCGGCUUUCGCACUCUACUGGAAUAGUCUGGGUCUGCUCAACGGCUUUGGUGCUUUCCAGACAUACUAUGAAACUACACUGCUCACAAGCGAUUCAUCUUCAGCUAUUGCAUGGAUUGGCUCAGUCCAAGUAUUCUUUCUCAUGGCUGGUGGUGUCAUAUCUGGCCCGCUCUAUGAUCUCGGCUACGCUCGAUCCAUGUUAUUGACAGGGACAUUUCUCGUCGUCUUUGGCUUCAUGAUGACCAGCAUCAGCACACAGUACUAUCAGUUCUUACUUGCGCAGGGCUUCUGUGUUGGUAUUGGCUCCAGCUGCCUGUAUACCGUCGCCAUCACCUUGGUUCCUCCCUACUUCACAGCCCGAAGGGCGUUGGCAAUGGGGGUGGCAACCGUUGGAAGCAGUCUGGGAGCUACCAUUUAUCCCCUCAUUUUUGAGAGCUUGCAGCCUCGAAUAGGCUUUCCGUGGACCGUCCGAGUGAUAGGUUUCGUCACUUUAGCCAUGUCUUGCUAUGCCGUGAUUGUGGCACGACCUCGGACCAAGGGUGCUAAAACCCUGAUAACAAAGAACAACUCGCUGAAAGAAAUCGCCGAAAUCGCUGGCCUUCUGGAUGUUCGAUAUAUGGUUCAAUGCAUUGCUAUCUUCUUCAGCAAUCUCGCAUUCUUCCAGCCUCUCUACUACAUUCAAAGCUACGCACAAUCGCACGGAAUGGAGGGCGCGGCUCUAGCCAAAUAUUUACUUGUGGUACUCAACGCAGUCGGUAUCCCUGGACGUAUUUUGCCUUCCCUGAUUGCCGACAGAUUUGGUGUGCUGAAUACCUAUAUUGGAAUUUGUACCAUGACCGCCAUAACCGUUUUCUACUGGAUCAGCGUGAAUAACACUGCGGGCAACGUGGCGUUUGCAGUUUUGUAUGGCUUCUUCUGCGCGAGUGUCGUCACUCUGGCUCCGGUCGUUCUAGCAAGCAUAACUGAUGAUCUUGGCAUCCUGGGAACGAGACUUGGUUUUGUUGCUGUGCUCAAAGGAAUCGGUUCACUCAUUGGGCCGCCAAUUGCUGGCGCUAUUUUGGGAUUGACUGGAAGCUAUCUCGGUGUUCAGCUAUUCACUGGUCUGGCAAUGUCACUCACAGUUGUUUUUGCGGCAUAUCUGAGAGUGUUGAUAUUUCGAAGGAAAGUCGACAAGUCUACCGACUGA